AUGGCCAACACGAUAGGACCGCGAACCAGAAAAAGGAGGGUGCUCUUAGAGGUAGUCCACUCCAUAUUGCUAUACGGAGCGGAGAUAUGGGCGGAUAUCCUCAAACAGAAGACCUACCGGCGCAAGAUAGCAGCGGUGCAACGACGAGGUGCGCUCAGAGUCAGCUGUGCCUACCGCACGGUUUCGGAGGCGGCUGUACUGGUAUUGGCGGGAACCACGCCAAUCGACUUGCUGGCAUUCGAAAGGGCGAAGCUCUACGACGCCAAAGUAAGUGGUGACAACUCUCAGGAGGCAAGAACGGCAGCAAAAAAGGAAACGCUACGUGAGUGGCAGGACAGAUGGACGCUGGGGGAGACGGGCAGAUGGACGGAGGGCCUGAUUCCUAACAUCAAUGUCUGGAUCUCUCGAAAACACGGGGAUACGGAUUUUCUUCCUGACCCAGCUACUGACGGGACACGGACAGUUUAA